AUUACCUGCCCGUAGGCGUGACACUUGGACCCAGAGGGACACAGACAGACACCCCGGUCUACAGUUGGUGUAGCAGAGAGAGAACAUGGCAUUGUCGUUUAAGAAAGACCUGGAGAAGUACAAGGAGAUUGACGAGGAUGAGAUCCUUAACAACCUGUCAGAGCAGGAACUCAAACAACUGGAGACUGCCCUGGAGGAGAUGGACCCAGAGAAUGCAUUGCUGCCAGCGUCGAUGCGUCAGAAGGACCACACAGUGAAAGCAGCCACCGGCCCCUACAGCAGAGAGAAACUACUCAGUUUUCUGGAGAAGGAGGCCCUGGAGUAUAAAGACAGAGAUGAUGUGGUGUCUUUCUCUGGAGAGAGGAAAG